AUGAAGCUCAUCACCUCAGCAAUUGGAAAGAAACAAUAAGGAUAUUUAUAAGAAAAGUUAGAAUAAUCUUAAGGUACAUUUAUUAAUAACAAAUAAUCCAUGACUCCAAAGUUUUAUGUAAACAAUCUUAUGAUGAAACAAAAAAAUUAUCGAAAUUAAUCUUGUUUUCUUUAUUUACUAUUGAAAAUACAUUCAUUUGUAAUCAACUAAAUUCACUCUUUGAUCAAGAACUAGUUGCUGUUUACCAAGAAGGCGUUUAAGUUUAUGUUGGAUUGA